AUGGGAGCUGGAGUUCAGUGGAGAGCAGCGAGCCGCUCCACAGUCUCAGCCCACAGAGCAGACAGGAGGAGGAAAUGUUGUGACCGUGUUUUCAGAAGGACCUCGUCCUCUGUGGUCGUGGCAGCCACCGGGUUUUUGCUCGUCCUGGGAGUCUGCCUCCUCUACCUCCCGGACCCGUUUGAUUCCGAGAAGACCCGCUCGGUGGUUCUCCUGAUUUGGACGCACCCGUUUGGUCGUCACCGCAAACUUCCGGACUGUCUCGCGCGCUAUCAGAUCGGAGGGUGCACGCUCACAGACGACUGGAGCGCGUACCUGGAGGCUGACGCUGUUAUCAUUCACCACCGGGAGGUCGCUUCAGGCGCCGUAUAUCUGCCAGGGAAGCCGCGGCCACAUGCGCAGAAGUGGAUUUGGAUGAACUACGAGUCUCCCGCGCACACACCGAGGUUGUGGCGGUUUGAUGGAGUUUUUAAUCUCACGCUCACCUACCGAACAGACUCAGAUAUUUUCCUCCCCUACGGAUAUCUGGUCCCUCAUAAACACAAAACUCUACACAAACAGUUUGCGCACCCACUCCACGCACCCUCGCGCUCCCAGCUCCUCCGGCCCCGCCUCCUUGCCUGGGUUAUUAGCAAUUGGUCGGAGUCCCACGCGCGCGUGGCCUUUUACUACCAGCUCCGUCGGUAUAUCAAGGUGGAUGUGUUCGGGCGCGCGGGUCGACCGUUACCGGACGACAGCGGAAGCGGCAGCGUGGUGCGCAUGCUCGGACGGUACCAGUUCUACCUGGCGCUGGAGAACUCCCAACACACGGACUACAUCACAGAAAAGCUGUGGAACGCGGUCCUUGCUGGGUCCAUCCCGGUAGUCUUGGGUCCCACAAGGGAGAACUAUGAACGCUUCCUGCCCCCAGAGGCCUUCAUUCACGUGGAUGAUUUCCCCACAGCACGUGAGUUGGCCAGGUACCUGCUGAGGCUGAGGAGGGAUCCAGCGAGGCUGAGACAGCACCUGGACUGGAGGGAGGGCUACAGUCUGCACCAGCCCUCUUUCUGGGCUGAGCACUACUGCACGGCCUGUAGGGCGGUGAGGAGGACCAGGGGAAGGACUGAUGUGGUCCAGGACCUGACAAGGUGGUUCCACUCGUGAGAAACACCAGUUGAGCACGUGACUGACAUGUUGUCAAAGCUGGGAAAUGAUUUGUGAAAAUAAAUCAAUAAAAUCAAUAAACUGCACAUGAAAUACAAUGUUUACAAUAGAAAUGUAUUUACCUCAAGCCAUAAUUAAUUUCAUACAUUCUAACUUUUUUUAUUGCUCCAACAUGUGUUGCAGGAAGUUGAACACGUCAUAACAGGCCAUCCUGUUCUUAUAACAAGUUCUGAUCAUAAGGCCUUAUCCUUUUUAAUUUUGUUGCUCUUUCUUUUUGUAUCAUUUCAUAAGUGAAGAACAGCAAAGCCUUGCAAAAAUUCAAACCGUAGCAAGUGUAUUCAUCUAACUCAGGGGUGUCAAACUCAAGGUCUGGGGGCCAAAUCUGGCCCAUGGAACGAUUAUA